UAUGACUGUAAUGUUUGUUCAGACAGGCAAUAUGCCAAGAGGAGAUUAAGUGGGUGGUUCAAAUCCAAAAUCUUGUUUUUGCUGGUUUAAGAAUAAAGCUGUAACAGCUAGGUAUCAGACAAAAUGCUGGGAUUUUUGACUCUGGUGUGGAUAUGCAUCUUUCUCAUCUUCCUCCUCAUUCGGAUCCCGAGGCCCAAGAACUUUCCUCCUGGACCUCAACCUUUUCCAAUAUUUGGAAAUCUUCUUCAUCUGAAUAAUGUCAAUCCUUUGAACGAUUUGAAAAGGUUUGCAGAAUGCUAUGGGAAGAUUUAUACGCUUUAUUGGGGAUCACGACCUGUUGUGAUUCUUAAUAGUUUUGAGGUUAUAAAGGAAGCUCUGGUUACUAAAGCUGUGGACUUUGCAGGACGGCCACAAGAGAGCAUGUUCAGUCAUAUGUCAGAUUUUAAAGGUAUUCUUAUGGCCGACUAUGGCCCUGGUUGGAAGGAACAUCGACGCUUUGCUCUCAUGACCCUGAGAAACUUUGGUUUGGGGAGGCAAACAAUGGAGGAGAGGAUUCUGGGAGAGAUAUCACAUAUUGUUGCUUAUUUGGAAAAAAUGCUGGUUAGAGGAGCUGUGAAUCCUCAGACCUUGUUUCACAACGCUGCAUCAAAUGUUAUCAGUUUGGUUCUGUUUGGAUCCCGCUAUGACUACAGUGAUGAAUUUCUUACAAGCUACGUUCAACUUAUUACAGAAAACUCAAAGAUUAUUAGUGGACCAUGGAACGUGGUAUACGAAGCCUUUCCUAUAUUGAGAAACUUGCCUCUACCUUUUAAGAAAGCUUUUGAUAAUGCAGAAAAGAUCAAAGAAAUGACUUUGAAACUGAUCAAUGAGCACAAGAAGACGAGAGUCCCAGGAGAGCCGAGAGACUUCAUUGACUGCUAUCUGGAUGAGCUUGAUAAGAAAGAAAAUGAGACUUCCACGUUUUCUGAAGCCGAGCUCAUCAUGCAAAUUAUGGAUUUACACUUUGCAGGGACUGACACCACCUCCAACACCCUUCUUGCUGCAUUUCUCUACCUCAUGAAUUACCCUGAUGUUCAGGUGAGAUGUCAGCGAGAGAUUGAUGAAGUUCUGGAAGGUAAAGAUCAGGCGUCGUAUGAAGACAGACACAAUAUGCCGUACACACAGGCUGUGAUUCAUGAAGUUCAGCGUGUGGCAAACACCGUACCAAGUGCGCUUCAUAGCACCACCAAAGACACAGAGCUGAUGGGUUACAACUUCCCAAAGGGAACUCUUGUUAUUCCUAAUCUUACUUCUGUACUUAAUGAAGAAGGUCAGUGGAAGUUUCCUCAUGAGUUUAAUCCAGCAAACUUCCUGAAUGAUGAGGGCCAGUUUGAGAAACCUGAAGCCUUUAUGCCAUUUUCUGCAGGACCCCGUGUUUGUCUUGGUGAGGGUCUUGCUCGUAUGGAGCUCUUCCUGGUCAUGGUCACUCUGCUGCGUCAAUUUCAGUUUGUGUGGCCAGAAGAUGCAGGGGAACCAGAUUACACCCCUGUGUUUGGAGUAACACAAACACCCAAACCCUACCGAAUGCACAUCAUACUCAGAGAACCUGGCAAAUGAUAUUAAUCAUGAAUACAUAUAGCACAGAUGCAAAAUGCAUGUAUUGUGACUGGUCAGUCAUAAAGAUGUGAAUUGUAAUGGCAAAUGUUUGCCCAUAUCCUCGUUGUACCUUAUUGUUCAAAAUAACAUGAGUGUACAAUUUUGCAUAAGUGUUGACUGCUUUAUUGCAACUUAAAACUUUGCAUUGUUCAUAUUAACAAUAAUAAAAGUUCAAAUCAAUGAUGA